AUGAGCGUCUUGCUCACAAUUCUGUUGAGAAUUGCCGCCGAGGCAAACGGGCUAUUGAGAAGGGUGGCGCAUCGCGGCCGGCGCCAUAGUCUUCUGGAGCGCACUUUCGAGCUCCAGGAGAACCCUUUGGAGCCGCACGGAUACGAGGACCGGCGGUGGCCGCAAAGGCCGGGGGAGGCGACGGAGGAGGGGCGACGAGCUGACGUGCUGGUGAGUUUCUUGAAAGAAAAAUAUUUUUAAAAAAAAGUAAAGCUGUCGGUACCCAGAAGUCCCUUUGAUCUGCUGCAUAGUGGAACAAGGACCAUUUUGCUCAAAACUCUAAUCAAACAGAUUUCUGAGACCGGAAGACGGUCCGACCAAACAAGAGGGUCGUACUCCAGCUCCACAGGGCCGUUUUAUGUGAGACUCGGACAGUCUCAUGUAAAACGGACGUCUGAAGACGGAAUACUGUCCAGCUGGAGCGGACCAGAAGGAUGCCACCCCAAAAAGAAUCUGUCGAACUGGAACUCUGUUCCGAUAGUUUCCCAUUUGGUGGGGCACCGUGAAAAAGAGACUUACGACUGACCGAUCGCUUUGCAGGAGUCGACGUUCGAGGAGCAGGAGUGGCAGUGCGGGUGCUGCUCGGCUCGGAUCGUCGACGAACCGGAGGGGAUCGUGGCGCACAUGCUGGAGCCCCAGGAGACCGCCGCCGUUCUCCACUCGUUCAUAAUGGAGUUCAUGACGAGGGAGAACGGGCGGCGCGGCGGUUUCCAUUAACUCCACCGCGUGAUGCACGGUCUCACACGGCAGCACGGGCGCAGUUGUUCUUCCGACGUGAGUGCCUGAAAAUAGAGAUUUUGUAGGAACAAGCAAAAAAGUUAUGCAUUUUGGAGAGAGCGAGAUGAAAAGAAACUGAUCAGAAUCCGAUCCGGAAGAGGCGGAAACUCCGAGAGACGGGCAGUCUGACGAGCAGCUCACUCAGAUCCCGGACGAGGCGGAGCCAAUGGAGGAGGAGCAGGCGCCAGGGCCGAUGGAGGACCGUCAGGAGACCCAGGACGAGCGCAUGGAGCAGCAGGCUCGUGGAUCAACGGCGCGGGAGGAGUACUCAGAGUCGGCGAUGGAGCAAGAGAGAGAGGAGCCGCGGAGAGCUCAGGAGGAGCAACGGCGCGGAGAAGAAGCUCAGGAGGAGCAGGCGCGGGAAGCGGGAGCGUCAGGAGGAGGCGAUGACGGGGACGAGAGCGAGGAAGACUCUGCAUGCUCACCGAAAAGGCGUCGGAGCAACGAGUCCGAGAACCCGGAUACAGUGGGCACACCACAACACCCACGCCGUGUGUCCGACCUCGAUUAUGACUCAGGCUUCCACACGCCACCGUCUCCACAGUCGCCGCCGUCAAGACCAAGCUGCGGGAGGACACCGUCGCCGCUGGCCCCAGCACUCACAAACAAUUCGCUGCGGUCGACGGCGACGGUGUACAAUCUGAGGGAUCUUGUUCGACCAACUCUGCUGAAUGUCGGAGUCCCGAACAGGACGAACCGGAAGAGGGUAGCAAUGCCGAUACCGGAAUUUCGAGCUGAAAUUUUUGUUUUUUUAGAAGAGAACCCGAUGCUCGGCGCCAGCGCCCGGUCGGCAGCAGAUCGUGUUCGGGAACCUUGAGUUCCAAAUCGAUCCGUCGGACGACGAGUUCCGAGCACGAAUCGGCGACAUACUGGGCCGACUUGAGUAAGAUUUCAUGAUUUCAAGCGCCAAAAACUGACUAAACACUCAUUAUUUAUAGAAUCGAUUUGGAUUGGGACGCGGCAACGUUCCCGAACGCCUCGCGGGGACGGCAACACCCGAUCUCUCCAAUCUUCUGGACCAUCGUGGAGGUUCCGAAAGCAGUGGCGGAGGAGAUCGGGCGGGCCGUCGCAGAACACCUGGACAGCUUCAAUCAGCUGGAGUACGGCAAUAACGUAGAGGUUUGUUUAUUUUUCGAAAAGAGAAUGUCAGUUUUUGACCACGAAGCAUUGCAGAAGUACGUCAUUGUCGAGCUCCACGACACAAAGGAGUCGCGGACCAGGGACGCAUUUCUGCACGCCGCCGCCAGCAACUUCAGGAUGAUGUACCGUCACGACCGAAACUGCUCCGUCACCGUCUGCCACAAACAUCUACUGGUGACGAGAGACGGUUCAGUCCUCGAGAGGCUGUCCGUGAAGGACAUCAAGGACAAGUUCGCGGCCAACUUCGAUGCGAUCAUGCGGAGCAUCCACCCAACCCAGAGGUCAGGUGUCAAAAUGCUCCUCCAAUGAGAGGAUUCGCCUCGCUAUUUUUUAAUCAUUCUGGAAUAUAUUGAUUUUUGAAAGUUUUAUCGUUUAAUGAAUGUUUUAUGAGUCAGACUCCGUACUCAUCGCAUUCUCACGUUGAAAGCUCAUGGCACCGCAACGCAAAAAGAACACGAAAAAUUAUAAGGAAACCGGAAAAAACGAAAGUUACUUCUGAAAUUAAUGCGAUUGAAUUGAAAGAGAUUCGAGAUAGACAACAACUGUUUUCAAGAAAAAAAAGAGAUGAAAUAUCGAAUUUGACGACGCGUUUGUUCAAUAUCUGGCGGAAAUCGAGUGGAAAAGUGAUCGAAAUGAACGGAAAAGUAAAUUUUUGGAAUUUUUGGGGCCAAAUUUAAAUGCGGGAGAAGUCAGAAAAUAAAAGAGAAUGGGGAAUAUCGAGUCACCGAUUCUUCGGUCCUCAAGUUUUCGGAAAACAAGUUAGUGAAAAAAUGAAAAAUUGAAAAGAGUGAAGCGAAAAUCGAAAGAUGCCGGGUGGAGGUCGAAGACUCUUUGGAAAUGCGCCUUUAAAAAGACCUACUGUAGAAGCUGGCAAUUGCAAACUUAUUGAACACUUUUUCAGCGCAAAUUCACAAUUCUAUUUGCAUUUGUUAAUUUUUUCCAGAAAACCGUUCAAACGUCAUCAAUUUUCAUCAAAUGCUUGAUAACUACAGCCAACUAACACGAAAUGUGAGUCAAUUUCCUUGUAAAAUGUAUCUCACGGUCUCCAGAGCUGACAAAAUGGGCGUGGCCUCGGCCAAAUGGCGUUUUCAUGAAUUAAGCAGGUUUUCCCUGAUUUUUGUGGUCAAAGGCGAUGAAAAAUGAUUGUUCGACAUGAAAACACACUAAUUCUCAGAAUUAAUGACGUUUUGGCGCAUUUUUCGCGGACUUUGCCUUUUCGCCUUCGCCGCCGAUAGCCGCCGAUCGUUACCUCAAAACCGCACUUCUCAUUUUGCGCUUUCUUGACCGUUUUCAGACAGAAUUGGUUUUGAGAAUGAUAAAUCACGUAAAUACAAGCAUUUUGAGCGCUCGAACCGCGAAGACUACCGAAAAGCAACUGAAAUUCACGCAGUUUUAACCAAAAACCUUCAAACGGAUAAAUGUGAUUUGCGGCUAGACCAAAUUUAACGUUCUUGCUCUUUAAAAAAUUCCUAAUAGCCUAUACAAUCGGUCUAUCGAGAGACAAAGAGAAAUUAUCAGUUUUUCGUGGCUAAUCUGGCAAAAAACACAAAUUUUGCUGUUAAAAUUUGAAUUUCGCGUAUCGCUCUAUUGGACGGGACGCACUUGCGCCCAUUGUCAGCUCUGGAGGCCGUAUAUCUGUGCAGAUUUUGUGGCAUUUUGAACAUUUCAAACUUUUCAGUUAUUCCCAAAAUUCCGACGAAGUUUCGCGUAUUCUGUUGGGUCCUUCCCAGAAAACUCACACCAACACUAAGAAUUUCGAGUCUCGUGACGACGAAAUUUAGGCCCAGGGGCCAGGAGCAAAUCCGGUGCCGAAGAAUCUAAUGUUCCGGCGUUCCGGAUAUUCAUCCGCCCAACGAAACCGUUAAAAGCGAAACAAAACGGGUUUUUCCCCUACUUUUUGGUUUUAGGCGACAAAAUUGGGGGACAGUUCGAGGUACGACACUCCAGAUGACUUUUUUCACUGAAAUUAAGCUUCUCAUCCGUUUACACGUCAUCAAUUUGCAUCAACUUUCUUCAGGCACAUAAUCGAAUUGCACUGUACGUCUCCACCGAAUCGGCGGUGAGAAAAUUGAUCGAGAAAUUGUUGGCGAACCGAAAAACCGACAGACUCAUUCAUCAGCGGUAGCCGACUAACAGAAUGACUAUGGAAAAGCCCAAAAGUUCCGCUGAAUAAGCGUCUUGGUGAGUCGACUGUUCUCUCUGCAGGAAUUUUCAAUAUUCGUGAAAUCAAUCGAGGAGAAUGCAUGCUUCUGAAGUGAGCAGAGUGGAUCACAAGAAAGUCUGCUGAAAAAGAAGCUUCCCUGGAUCUCGAUCGAUGAAGGCAGUUCAUCCAUCCGUGACGCACCUCACAUAUCGAGUAGACCUAACAGACUACACACUCAUAAUCCUAACAGACUACACACUCAUAAUCCUAACAGACUACACACAGAAACGGAGAGAAAGGGCCGUUUUGAUCUACUCGAUAUGUGAGGAGUAAGUAUAAAAGGGCCCCCGUGGGAAAGAAUAGCCAUUCAUUCGGACAUACCGACUUGGCGGACGGUCGGAUCGUCUCGUUCUUCCCGCGUUUUGGGCGGGCGGACUUUCCAGACCCUCUGCUAAUCGAUAUCGAUCCGAUAUUUUUCCACCUGUUCUUUCUCCCCUUUCUCUCCGUUACUUCAUUUUCUCUUUCAUAUGUCAAGUCCAUACGGAAGUGAAGUGCACUCUAUUCCGAAGCUAUUUCAGCUGUGAUCUCUGUAAAGUUCCUUUCUUAUCCGACAAAAGUUGCAUAAAUUUCAUUUUGCUUCUAAAUGCUCACAGGAUAUCACAUUUGGGAGAGAUUCUGAAAAAACUGCGCUGAACUCUCGGAUGCCUCUAUAUGUAGUAGAAACAAACCGUCCUGUUAUUCCUAUGUAUUUUGUGACACUAUGUUUUCAAAAUCCCCUGUUUCAGGUGCAAGAUUCGGGUCGAAUGAAGCAGUUGCUGGUGAAAGACCAGGCGGCGAAGGAAAUCAAGCCGCUGACGGACCGCGUCAACAUGGAGCUGACGACGUUGAAGAAUCUGACGACGUUGAAGGAUCUUCGGAAGGCGAAGAGGCCUCAAGAAACCUCCCGCUCUUGAUGCAAGCAGUGACUGUCGCUUUUCGAAGUGUCAGUCACUAGGAUCUGAUAGAGUAGGAGGGAGGCGCAUUCCGCCGAGCACUUUGUGAGUUUGCAAGCAGAAUUAGAACCAUAACAAUUGAAUCUUUCAGACGUGCACAUCCGUCGAGGACCGCAUGAACCAGGCGACAAGCCUGCUCAACGCCCACCUCGACGAGUGCGGACCCAAGAUCCGGCACUUCAAGGAGGGCAUCUACAACAUCGUGCGCGAGUUCAACGUCGCCGAGAUCGCGUCGCAAAACGAUCAGUUGUCCGAUCACGACCUGCUGAAUCACAUUCGCAUCGGCGUUUCGAAGCUUUUCUCCGAGUAUUCGGCCGCCAAGGAGACGAGCAACGCCGCCGAGCAGGAAGCCGAAGUCAAGUUGGCCGCUGACGUGGCCAGAGUCGAGUCCGGACAGGUAAGAUUUGGAUGGAAAAGUGGGCAAACUUGCAGCUGUUCUUCUAUUUUCACAUUUCUAGAUCACGAAAUUAGUCAAAGCUCGAGUUUUUGUGAAUAACGCGAAAGUCUAGCGACAUUUGACUUUCCGACACUAUGUUUUCAAAAUCCACUGUUUCAGGUGCAAGAUUCGGGUCGAAUGAAGCAGUUGCUGGUGAAAGACCAGGCGGCGAAGGAAAUCAAGCCGCUGACGGACCGCGUCAACAUGGAGCUGACGACGUUGAAGAAUCUGACGACGUUGAAGGAUCUUCGGAAGGCGAAGAGGCCUCAAGAAACCUCCCGCUCUUGAUGCAAGCAGUGACUGUCGCUUUUCGAAGUGUCAGUCACUAGGAUCUGAUAGAGUAGGAGGGAGGCGCAUUCCGCCGAGCACUUUGUGAGUUUGCAAGCAGAAUAAGAACCAUAACAAUUGAAUCUUUCAGACGUGCGCAUCCGAAAACAAAUCGGAAUCGUCAUCUCGGCGCUGGCCGAAGGAACCAAGUCGCACGUGCCGUACCGUGACUCGAAACUGACGCGCAUUCUUCAAGAGUCGCUCGGAGGAAACUCGCGGACUACGGUCAUAAUUUGCGCGUCGCCGUCGCACUUCAACAGCAUCCGAAAAAAUGUGACUUUAUGUGACUACAAUAGCUUAGAAGAGGUGUUUUCUUGGGGAGUAUCCGUCUGUACGUCCUUCUCUGAGUAGGGCCACAGCGGUGACCUUCGUGACGUGAUUUGCCCCGUCACGGAGGAAAAAUCACCGCCCCCACCUUACACGUGGCGUGGUUGACCCCCUUCUCUACGGGGCGGCGGCUCUGCGGACCGUGGGUACUUGAUGCGGACUUGCACGGUCCUUACGGAUCAGAUCCCUUCAAGUGACCCUAACGAUAACUUCUUGAAGGAAGCCUGAGAUGAGAGGGAUGUGGGCAGACAGAGACGGGCACUCUUUGGGGUUAACCUCUUGCGCGCGUGACUUACAUGUUAGAACGAGGAUAUUCGGAAGGCGAAGAGGCCUCAAGAAACCUCCCGCUCUUGAUGCAAGCAGUGACUGUCGCUUUUCGAAGUGUCAGUCAUUAGGAUCUGAUAGAGUAGGAGGGAGGCGCUUAGCUUAGAAGAGGUGUAUUCUUCGGGAGUAUCCGUCUGUACGUCCUUCUCUGAGUAGGGCCACAGCGGUGACCUUCGUGACGUGAUUUGCCCCGUCACGGAGGAAAAAUCACCGCCCCCACCUUACACGUGGCGUGGUUGACCCCCUUCUCUACGGGGCGGCGGCUCUGCGGACCGUGGGUACUUGAUGCGGACUUGCACGGUCCUUACGGAUCAGAUCCCUUCAAGUGACCCUAACGAUAACUUCUUGAAGGAAGCCUGAGAUGAGAGGGAUGUGGGCAGACAGAGACGGGCACUCUUUGGGGUUAACCUCUUGCGCGCAUGACUUACAUGUUAGAACGAGGAUAUUCGGAAGGCGAAGAGGCCUCAAGAAACCUCCCGCUCUUGAUGCAAGCAGUGACUGUCGCUUUUCGAAGUGUCAGUCAUUAGGAUCUGAUAGAGUAGGAGGGAGGCGCAUUCCGCCGAGCACUUUGUGAGUUUGCAAGCAGAAUAAGAACCAUAACAAUUGAAUCUUUCAGACGUGCGCAUCCGAAAACAAAUCGGAAUCGUCAUCUCGGCGCUGGCCGAAGGAACCAAGUCGCACGUGCCGUACCGUGACUCGAAACUGACGCGCAUUCUUCAAGAGUCGCUCGGAGGAAACUCGCGGACUACGGUCAUAAUUUGCGCGUCGCCGUCGCACUUCAACGAGGCGGAGACCAAGUCGACGCUGCUUUUCGGACAGAGAGCCAAGACGAUCAAGAAUGUGGUGCAGGUGAACGAGGAGCUGACGGCCGAGGAGUGGAUGCGCCGAUACGAGAAGGAGCGCGAGAAGGUACGCUUUUUUUUAAAAUGUAAUUGCCCUUUUGGACAAGAAAAUUUUUUCAAGUGAUUUUGUGUAAAAUGAAUGAUUUUAGGUGACCCGCCUGUCAACCCUCCUCCAAACAGCCGCCCUGGAACUCUCACGCUGGAGAGCCGGCGAAUCAUUGUCCGAAUUGGAAUGGAUCAACCUGUCGGAGACGGCGCAGAUGGCAGUCUCGGAAGUGUCGGGCGGUUCCACUCCACUUAUGGAAAGAAAGAAUCCGCUGACGGACCGCGUCAACAUGGAGCUGACGAUGUUGAAGAAUCUGACGACGUUGAAGGAUCUUCGGAAGGCGAAGAGGCCUCAAGAAACCUCCCGCUCUUGA